AUGUCGACGGCAGAAGCAAUGGAUUGCGAUUCUCCAAACUACAAACCCUACACACUUUCCCAAACCCUAACCAGCCACAAACGAGCAAUCUCCGCCGUCAAAUUCUCCUCCAACGGCCGUCUCCUCGCCUCAUCCUCCGCCGACAAAACCAUCCGCACUUACGCCUUCACCAACUCCGACUCCGAUUCCAACUCCCUAACCCUAUCUCCCAUGCAACAAUACGAAGGCCACGAGCAAGGCGUCUCCGACUUAGCUUUCUCCUCCGACACUCGCUACCUCGUCUCCGCCUCCGACGACAAAACCAUCCGGCUAUGGGACGUUCGCACAGGGGCGCUAAUCAAGACACUUCACGGACAUACUAACUAUGUUUUCUGUGUUAAUUUUAAUCCUCAGUCGAAUAUCAUUGUUUCCGGGUCGUUUGAUGAGACUGUUAGGGUUUGGGAUGUUAAGACUGGGAAGUGUUUGAAGGUUAUUCCUGCGCAUUCUGAUCCCGUUACCGCGGUUGAUUUUAAUCGGGAUGGGUCACUUAUUGUUUCGAGUAGCUAUGAUGGUCUUUGUAGGAUUUGGGAUGCUUCUACUGGUCACUGUAUGAAGACUCUUAUUGAUGAUGAGACUCCUCCUGUUUCGUAUGUCAAGUUUUCGCCUAAUGCUAAGUUUAUUCUUGUUGGUACCUUGGAUAAUAAUCUGGUAACAUCUCUCCUCUCUCAUCGACUCAAUUUCGAUUUCGUUAUCAUCUAA